AUGCCACCCCGAAAAUCCACGAGCGAAACCGUUGAAGACCCAGCAUCCCCAUCACAAGCCCAGACGCAAUCACCGCCGACACAAUCGCAACCGAUCCAGGCGACAGAGCAACAACUCAAGGCCAGGGCUGAGGGGGGUGUUAGUAUUGAGGAUUACCUCCUCCCCCGCUCCUUAACACUUCGGCUUGCGAAAUCGGUCCUCCCGCCUAACACUUCCAUUCAGAAGGAUGCGGUCCUCGCUAUUCAGAAAGCGGCGACGGUGUUUGUGUCUUAUCUUUCUUCGCAGUAUUACCCCCCUUCCCCUCCUUUCUCUUUUUCUUUUCUUUGCGUUGCGUUAUAUUGGAUGGGAGAGGUUCUGUUUGGCUUAGUGGGUGUUUAUGAUGCUAAGUGUGGGUUUUAUAGUGCCAAUGAAGCGACUUUGAAGAGGACGGUUGCGCCGUCGGAUGUCUUUAGUGCGAUUUCGGAACUGGAGUUUGAUGGGUUCCGGUCGAGGUUGGAGAAGGAGUUGGAUGCGUUUACGGAGUUGAAGGCCGGGAAGAGGAAGGCGAAGAAGGGGGAUACUGAGGUAACUGCUGCGGAGGGCGUGAAGGGGAGUGCUGCUUCGGAGGGUGGUGGUGGUGCGUCGAGGGGGGCGAAGAGGGUGAAGAGGGUUGAGGGGGAAGAGGCUGCUUCUAGUCGGCCGGAGGAGGGGGAUGAUGGGGAUGAGACGCAGGAUGAGGCGGAGCAGGUGGAUGAGCAGGAGCAUGAGUCGGAAGCCGAGGAGGAUGAUGAGGGUGAAGAGGAGGAAGAAGAGGAGGAGGAGGAGCCGGGUGAGGAAGAGGAUAUUGAUCGGGUGGAGGACUUGGAUCGUGACUCGAGGGCGAGACGGCUUAUGGACCCGGAUGCUGCUGGGGAUGAGUCGGACAGUGAUGACGAUGCUGGGCCGUCGUCACAGUUGAGGGGGGAUUUGGGGUUGGGUUGA